GUCCCCUAAUGCGAGUGGGGUAACGUCACAGUGCGAUUAUGAGAAAGAAAUUUCAUUCCUCCAAUGGAAUUAUGGAAGUGCCGGUAACGUGUACAGUCCGGUAGUUACCAUGUAAAUUAUGAAUUUGAUUAAUUGAGAGGGGAGAUGUCGUUUCUCACAAAGGAGAAAAAGAAAGGAGGGAUGAAAUAGGCGGAAGAGGUAAAGGUGAAUAAUCCGCGGCUCGCCAUUCUCCAAGAAAUUGGUUGCUAUAAGUUGCAACGAUGGCUAAGGAUUUGUUCACACUCCAGGCAUCCUUCUGCUGGGAAUCAACAUUUUCAUUCUGAUGAUUUGACUUUGUGGAACUGGAUCAUUGCCUUCAUUGUCCUUUCUUUUUCUAUGGGCAUUCAAAAGAUUGGCCGUCAUGUAUCAGGGGUCAGUAGUAAUCGUAGACGAGUUUCCUCUUCCUCCAACGUUGACAACAUGGCAUUGGAGGAGAACCAAGCCUCAGGGACAAGCUUCGAGGAUGACUCUGAUGAUUGUGAAUUUGCCGAAGUGAGGUGUGAGCUUGGCAUGGUAGAAGGUCAGCUUUGCAACAUUCCAUUUGAGCUUUACGAUCUACCAGAUUUAAGAGAAAUAUUAUCUCUGGACACAUGGAAUUCAUGUUUAACAGAAGAUGAAAGGUUCUAUCUCUCAUCCUACCUUCCAGAUAUGGACCAACAGACUUUUUGGUUGACUAUGAAGGAACUCCUUGGUGGUAGUGAUAUAUUUUUUGGCAGUCCCUUGGAUAUAUUUUUCAACAGAUUGAAAGGUGGAUUCUAUCCUCCAAAAGUGGCUUGGUUUAGAGAAGGUUUACAGUUCUUGCAAAGGAUAAAGUACUAUCAUUCAUUGAGAUUUUACCAUGACAGCAUGACACAAAUGUUCAUAAACAUGAGGAAGAUAUGGGCUCACUGUGAAAUGAGCACUGGUGUUGAGGAAAGGAUUUAUUUGUGGACAAGGAAAAAGCGUAAAGUAACUGAUUUGCUUGAUCUUAAUACAUAUCCUGAGGAUGGGUUUUUAUUAGGUAAAGAGGUGAAUCCAGAACCAGCCACACAUCAAUUGUCAAGGCAAGCAAAGUCUGUGAAAAGCAGAAGGGAAAAUAAGCUUUUGCUCCCUCUGGUUGCUAACGGGAAGAAGUCUGUUGCUCCAAAAUCUGGAGGAAAAGGGUUUCUGAAAAUGAAGGCUUCUGUCAAUGGUUCAUCUGAAAAACACAAUGGGACUCUGGAACAGUCUUAUUCUGCACCCAGAGGGGUAUUGAAAAUGGUACAUAGAGUUCCUUCCAUACAACCAAAACAAUCAAGAGUGGUGUCAACACAACAGCAACCAACCUUGUUGGUCAAGGACUUGCCAGUGUAUACUCACCAGUGGGAUGCAGGUGGCUUUUGUGAGACACCCUUUUUGUGGCAGAAGGUUGGUUGUGGCGAAGUCCAUAGAACUUCCAAGCAACCUUGGUGUAUUCAAAGUCAGCAGGAAUCUGAGCAUCUUAGAAUUACUACUGGAUCAAGUAGACAUCCAGAAAGCAUUGUCAGAAAGGUAAAGAGGGAAAGGAAUCCCUCACUGGAUGAUACUAUUGAUUUAGGAGAACACAAACUGUGUGGGGGCGACGCUGGCAUCUGGAAGGGAGAUAAAAUAGGUCCCAAAGGGGAACAUGAACCAUCAAUGGAUUCCAAGGAAACAAGAUGUGCUUAUAGUAGUGAAAACUUGAGGCAGAGUUUGGGAAUGGAAGAUACAGAACUUCCAAUGAGAUCCUUGGCGCGCCACCCAUUUGGUGUCCAGUGCUAUGAGCAGAACUGGCACAUUGAACCCAUGCAAAAAGGCACCAUUAUGCAACCAGGAAUUCCUGCAGUCAUGUCAGGGAUUCUAGACAUUGGCAAUGAGGAGCAGGAAAAAUUUAUGGCGUCUUCAAAUCAAAUGAAGAACCAAGUUGAUGUAGGUGUUGGAGGAUCGGAGAAGCUAUACAAGCAGCCAAGUGCUCUCAAGGGUUUUCAAAAUGACCUUGUGCUUCCCUUAACGUACAAGCGAAGGAAGACUCGUGCAAAGCUUAACUCAACAGACUCUGUCAAGCCACUAACAGUAGGAGCUGAUUUGAAGUCUGCAACUCCAAAGGAAGCAAAUCGUGCAAAAGCAGUGAAGAUUAUGUUCAAGGGCUGGAAAGAACAGUCUCUGGACAAGAAAUCUUGAAUAGCUGAUAUGCCCUUCUCUAUCUGCAGGACUAAAAAUAUGUACAGGCACAAAUAUUGGUGUCAAACAUUAGGGUAUAAUCUUGACAGUUUUGAAGCUUCGUCUGUGACGGGCUUUGUUUAUUAAAUUUUUCAAAGGAGAUCCUGAAAGAUGUACUCACUUCAGUUCCAACACUGAUAAGUUUAUGCCCAUCUUGAUCUGUUCCUCCUAUACCUACCAUUGGGAUGUUUCAUUUUUGGUGAAAUUUCUCUCUUUCUCCUCAGAGUAUGCUGUUAAAUUGUGAAUAGAAAGAUGUUCAACUUGGAGAUGACCAAGUUGUUGGAAA